AUGACAGUCGCUGUCCCCAACCACGAUGUUCGCAGUACGAACGGCGUGACGAAGCCCUACGAUGUCGAGAAAAUUCGACAACACUUUCCAGCGUUGCGUGGGGAGAGGAUUCCCCUCAAUAAUGCCACUGGAAGCUUGGUAUAUGACGGCGCUGUGAAGGCCAUUGCAAACGCUCUGUCAACUUAUCAACUUGACUUCAUCGGCGGCGAUCAAGUCAGCCAGCUUACAAUCGACGAACGAAAGCUGAAGUAUGCGGAACUUGCAGCAUUCAUGAAUGCCGAGCCUGACGAAAUCGCCUUUGGGCCCUCAACCAGUGGUCUAAUUCGCAACGUGACCAACUCCUUACGUCCGCUGCUAAACUCGGACUCGGAAAUGAUUGUUUCAACCUUGUGCCAUGAAGCCGGCUGUACAUCAUGGGUGGCUCUCGCACGCUCCUUGGGCAUCGAAAUCAAGUGGUGGUCACCACCUGGUGGGAAAGGCAAUACUAAUGCCAAACUCAGUGUUGAGACUCUAAGACCGCUGCUUACCCCCAAGACUAGGCUUGUGGCUUGUGGCCAUGUGUCCAACAUAUUCGGUACCAUACACGACGUUCGUGCCGUCGCAGAUCUGGUUCACACGAUUCCUAACGCCAUGAUUUCGGUCGACGGGGUGGCGUGGGCUCCGCAUCGGCCUAUUGAUGUCAAGGCAAUGGAUGUGGACUUUUAUUUCUUCAGCUGGUACAAGUUGUUCGGGCCGCACUUUGCCCAGAUGUACGCCCGCAGCUCCGUCCAGCAACGACACAUGGCGAGUCUGAAUCAUUACCACAUCGAUCCCACACCCCUUGAUGUCAAAGUCCGCCUGGGCACGAACUGCUUCGAAUAUGAGGAUGGUGUGCUUGAAAUAGUACGGUACAUUCGCCGCAUCGGAUGGGAUGCCAUCAUUGCACACGAGGUGGUCAUUGUCCAGCCACUUCUCGACUAUCUCAACUCACACCCGGAAUGGUUCACUCUGUACGGCGAAAAGUCGUCCGAUCCAAAUCUUCGAGUUUCUCUUGUUUCGUUCACCGUCAACGGAGUGUCCUCCAAGGUGAUUGCCAAGGCCGUCCACGAGUCGUCUCCAUGCCGCAUCUUGGCAGGGAGCGCUUAUUCGCUCAGACCUGUGCACGACGUUCUUGGACUGGACGAUGGAGGUGUGCUUCGCGUGAGCCUGGUUCAUUAUAAUAACCUCGAGGAUGUCCAAACGUUUAUCAAGGUUCUGGACCAAGCAGUGCGAGCACAUGCCAAGGACCGACGUUGA